CCACUUCCGGUCCACCGCCUCAACACCUCCGCCGUAUCCGUCGUCUUUUCGUACGGAUAAACUCCUCACCGCAAUAGUACGCCCACGACUUGCUGCCAUUUCCCUCCCUCCACUCUUUGCGUGCUCCUAUUUCUACUUCUGCCACUAUAUAUGAUCCAGUGAAUUCGUCUCAAAGUUCGCCGGCUGAUGUAUAAUGCGGAGGAGCUAACCUCGGUGCUUUGAGAAAGAGAGAGGGAGAGAGAUGAUAGAACAAAGCUCGCGUGGUUCAGAAAUGGCGGAAGUAGAAAAGGAUAGGAAGGAGAAGCCGCCGGAGGACGACUGUUGCCCAAUUUGCUUCGGCGACUUCGCCGCUGCUUGCAGGACCGAUUGCGGCCACUGGUAUUGCGGAAAUUGCAUUCUGCAGCUGUGGAAGUUUAGAGGGGCACUUAGAGCGUGCAAGUGUCCCAUUUGCACUUGCUUCAUCACCAAGCUUACACCAGAGGCAUCGUUGUUUUCUCAACAGGAGAAGGAAGUUGUUGACCUCCUGAAGGGCAUUCACCGCUACAAUCGCCUCUAUGAAGGUGGAAUGCGUGGGAUUGCAUUGAAAACACCUUUGUUUCUUAGGAGUGUCUUAUGGGCACUUAUGGAUGUGCUUUUGGAUCCUCGUCAACUCAGUUUAAACUAUAACAUGAUGCGUUUUGUGGCUCUUUUGGUUGGUUGGAUCUAUAGCAAAUGCCACAUGGAUUUCAUCCCAACUGGUAGGCUGGGAAUAUAUGCAGUGUUAGAUACAUGUGCUGUGUUUUUUGUCGUCCUUAUGUUUUCCAUUGGCUUAUACCGGAAAUGGCUUCGCGGGCGACGUGUAAGGAGGUUUGCUAUGGAGCAACAAGCUGUUGGAAUUGAUUAAAACGACAAAUUCACAACAUUAACCAUAACACCCUUCAAAUGUGUAAUUGGUUGUCGUUGGCUCUUCAUUUUGUAGCGCUUAGCACGUGAAAGAGCAGCUUGAAGCUUCUAUCCUUUCUCUCUGUAUCAUAUGAACUGAAACAUAUAGAUGCUCGCUAUCCCCCCCAAAACUUCAGACGUGUUUGGUUGCGUGAUUUUACAUGUACAAAAUGAUGUUUGGAUGGCGGUGUUAAGAUGCUUGUAUGCAACCAGAAUUUGUGAAUCUUGUUCCCAGAUUAAGGUUCAUUCUUUUCUAGUGAACCUUGCUAAAAUUUUGUACUCCUUAUUUAACUUCUUGGUAGUAAUGUAUGCCACUUUAUGACAAUACCUUGAAAAAGUAUAAAUAUAAUUUUAGUGCGUUU